AGGAUGAUAGAUAAGUAUAAGACCCUCUUGGAAGAAGAAUGCGAUCACAUUGAAAAAUAAAUAACUCAUUGUGUUGCCCUGCGCCGCUAGAACCUGACAGAGACGCUCUCCAAAAUGCAGCAACAUCUCAUCCUAUCUAUUUUUCUGGCAUUCUUUUUAAAAAUCUGCACCGGUGCAGAUUGGUGCUACCAGUCCCAACAUACCUGUGACACCCCUUGUAAUGGACCUGAGAAGUGGGAUCAUGUUAACAGAGUCUGUGCAGGCGAUAACCAAUCCCCCAUCAACAUCGUCCACAGGAAGACCGUACCAGACAAUCGCCUCACACCCUUCCAGUUUAAACAGUACCAGGAUUCCUUCCAAGGCCCGAUCAAAAACAAUGGACACUCUGUGCAGGUGAACGUGCCUCACGAUGCCUAUGUGAUUGGUGGAGACCUGGAGACGCCCUAUAAGGCAGUGCAGUUCCACCUGCACUGGGGCAAGAACGGAGGACCAGGGUCAGAACACACCAUCGACGGAGAGCAGUACCCCAUGGAGCUGCAUAUUGUUCACAUGAAACAGCAGCACUCAAACUUGGGAGAUGCCUUGAAAGAUCCAUCCGGAGUUGCAGUCCUGGGAUUUUUCUACGAGGAAUCUCUCAGUGAAAACCGAAAAUAUGACCCCAUUGUAAAAGCUCUCCAGAGCAUCAAGACGACUCAUGCUCAAGCCACUCUGAGUGCUGUGUCUCUGGAGCAGCUGAUUCCUCCCCAGCAGAACCUGACCAACUACUACCGUUACAAAGGCUCCCUCACCACCCCCAACUGCACUGAGUCCGUGGUCUGGACCGUGUUUGAGAAGCCCAUUCCUCUCAGCAAAAACCAGCUGCGUAAGUUUUCAGAACUCCAGUUUAAGGACGGCAAGGACAUGGUGGAUACCUUCCGUCCGGUGCAGCCCCUGAACCGCCGCGUAGUGUACCGGUCUGGAGGCGCAGUGGCGCUGGUUAGCGCCGCGCUCCUCGUGGCUUCCGUCGCCAUGGCGAUGGGACUGUCACAGCCCAACUAGAGGAAGGCCGAGCGAGCCGCACCACCACCACCCACCACCACCAGCAUGAACACCAUGAGUUCUCAGAACCAACCGCCAAAUAAACGAACUAAACUAAACUACAGCAUCAAUCAACCAACAUCCAUGCCCUAACCUUUGAAAACUGUCAGCCUGAAAACCAACAUGCCCCAGACCCCUUUACAAUGACCUAUAGGGAUUAAUUCCUUCUCAAACUUUAGUAUUAGAGCUCUCGUUCUACAGUUCUACAGUUCUACAGUUCAUAAGUUCAACAUCCCUCCCUGUUCAAUGUCGGGUCAAUUUAGAGUCCCCAGUCUAAAGUUACAAUACAAAAUGUGAGGACCCUCUGCUCUGUGUUCAGGUGGUCGGGCUGCUGCUAUAGGCUAAACAUAGAGGCCUAUACAUCCAUGACCUGAUUGGCACUGGACUGGCAAGUGAUCAUGUUCUUGAAUGGAACGUGUGGAUGGUGGCUAGUCGCUAUUAAUAGCCAGCAGUCAUAAAUACUUUCCAGUCUCCAGAUUAAAACCGAGGAGAGGAGAGAAAUGCCAUGGCCUGAUCUUUCCCUCUGCAUUGCCAAGUCCAUGAACUCCCGUUAUCACAACCACCGUCACCGGUUAGGUGAGCAUUCUAUUGCCACCCACCACGGGCCCCGGGGCAACAUUAUCUAAGGGGUAAGGAGGACGGUGGUCCCCAUAGCAACACAUGAAUCACUCACCCAGGGGCCCAGGGGUAACUAAAAGACACAGGCCGACCCAUGAGGAACACAACACACCAUAGUGAGUGUUAAAGUGUUUAGAGGCUGGACUGUCCCCCCCCCGACUCCCCCCCCCCCCCUAGUCACACAUGAGGAAGGAAGAGGAGGUGGAGGAAGAUGCGGAGCUGGAGUGAUGAGCUUUCCGGCUCCCUCAAAAACUGCUCUGACAAUAGGUCAUGAGGCGAUUGACAGCGGCUAUUCUGAACACACAGAAGAAGACUAGAAGCUGAAAUAGGGAGUGGACACAGCGAAUAUUUAAAAUAACCAACUAAUUGAUUGAUAAAUAGAUAGAUUAAUUGAUUGACAGAUUGAUUGAUACUUAUUUGACCAAUGUCAUUGUAGUUUUAUGGCCAAUUAUCCAUAUCCAAAUGUUUAGCAUGGAUCUGCAUGUUGUCUCUCUCUGUAUCUCUCUCUGUCUCUCUCUCUCUCUCUCUCUCUCUCUCUCUCUCUCUCUCUCUCUGUAUCUCUCUCUCUCUCUGUAUCUCUGUAUCUCUCUCU